AUGAAACUUAUCCACUUUAGUGAAAAAAGUUUGGAAUACAAAAGGUAUAAAGAAAGACUCCGCACUAAGUGUCUGAAGGACCCAGUUCUGAAGCUGCAGCUCUCCGGGGCCCUGAAUGGAUGCAGAUGGCGCUUUUUGACAGCAGGACUUGAUGAUUUUAGAGACGGUUACCCCAUACCCCAAGCAGGGACUUUCACACAACCCCAGCGUGGAAUUGAAGCUCCCAUUUUUGGCCUGUCCUGUAAGCCAGAGAAAUCACCAAAAAGACACUUUACCAAAAACCAGGCCUGCUUCUCCAAACAGAAUUGCCUACGUGAGACACGCCGCCAAUCUGUGGACGCAGUGGAGCAGAGCUUGAGCACACACCCGCUCGCUCUCUAUCCACAUUUAGGAAGUGGCAUGGCACCUGAGCUGUUCGAUGAUGUCCUGUCCAUCCUGGACCCAGCCAUGCAUGUCAGGAUUGAGACACCUGUUGCCAAACAAGAGGAGUGUAGCAAAGGGUAUCUGGUGCCAAGUGAAGGCCUUAUUCAGGACACUUUACCAGAGCAGACAAUAGAAUCGCCUAAUAGUCUAACGCAAGAGGAGGUAAAACCCUCUACUUCUUGGAAUCCCUAUAAAUUGAAGGAAGCAAAGGAAAUCUUUGCCAAUGAAGACCAAAUGAUUAGCAACAAAAGCUUGCACUCCGCCUCUCUGGAUGAAGAAAUCAAUAGAGUCACUAAGCUCUUCUGUGACUGGGUCACCUCACUGGGUGAGGAGACCAAUGGCGUGACAGAGUCCACUAUCCUGAGCCUGUUUGCCAGCGGCUGUGAAAAGAAGCCCGUCGUAACAUUCCAAGAUGUUGGAACUAAUGAAAAACCAGAUGAGCUGCAUAAAGACUAUUCACACAACCUGCAACUGAAAGACUCUGAGCUAAACAAGGUGUAUACUCCCAGUAAAAAAACUACAUAUGGCGCAUGGUAUCUAAACCCUAAAACAUGGAAGAAGCGUCCUGCAAAUGAGCCACUGAGAGACCCUUUGGUGACUGAAGAUUCUGAGUUUGAGCUGCAGUCCACUGAGAAGUCACGUAAGGUCUGUUCAUUUUUCUUUAACAAACAGGAUGAAGAACUGAAGCAGAUUCAUGGAGCUCAGGCCUUCAAGCAGUUCAUCAUCAAUAAAGGAUUGAGAGUUCCCAGGUUUCUCAGCGCAGUUUUUUCAGAGGACGAGCAGGAGAACAGGACCAGUGCGACAGACGUGUCAACAGUUUCACACUGA